GCGAGCGCUGCUCCUGGAGUUCCCGGCUGAAGCUGCGGAGCGCGGGUCGCAGAGUUAAGCAUUGACUGGGCGUCUCCUUUGUCUGUGUGUCACGACAGGAGCCAUAUAAUAAAGAUAAUGUCUGGCAACUUCUACUUUGUAAUCGUUGGCCACCAUGAUAAUCCAGUUUUUGAAAUGGAAUUUUUGCCAGCUGGGAAAGCAGAAUCUAAAGAUGAUCAUCGUCAUCUGAACCAAUUCAUUGCUCACGCUGCACUGGACCUUGUGGAUGAAAACAUGUGGCUCUCAAACAACAUGUACUUGAAAACUGUAGACAAAUUUAAUGAGUGGUUUGUGUCAGCAUUUGUCACUGCCGGCCAUAUGAGAUUUAUUAUGCUUCACGAUGUAAGGCAAGAAGAUGGAAUAAAGAACUUCUUCACUGAUGUUUACGAUUUGUAUAUAAAGUUUGCAAUGAAUCCAUUUUAUGAACCCAACUCUCCUAUUCGAUCAAGCGCAUUUGAGAGAAAAGUUCAGUUUCUUGGGAAGAAACAUCUUUUAAGCUGAAUGCCGAAAAAUGUCAAAAUGACCAAUGUCACAGUGGUUUCUACUCAGGAAUGUAUACCUU